AUAUCAGACUUCAUGGUAUAAUUUCUAAACAUCUUCGAGAUGCGUAACGUGCUUGUUGUGGCCACUUUCGUUUCAUUGGUCAUCGGUAAGGAACUCACUCGCCAUUUGAUUCAAAUCUCCGCCAAUUCUGACCAGACAACCGAUUUGUGCGCCACGUUGGAUCCAUUUUACAAGACCUUCGGUUGCGCGAAGCUAGACCCUAACGCCCAAAGGUACAGUUGCCAUGUUGCGCCGAUUAAGGAAUAUUACAAGAUGGACCAAUGCUACUUCCAAGGGGAUGGAAAGUAUUACAGCAGUGGUGCCAAACUUCCACUCACAUACCACAAUGGGGACUUCCAGUUGUGUCCGUUCCAGUGCUACGUUGGUGACCAAGAUGCCUUUGGGCCAGUCUUCUACCGCACGUCAGACUGUGUUCCCACCGACCAAAAACCUCCACUACCCUGUUACACCUUAAUUCUGAACGCAAUGGAUUACUUCUACUUCGAUUUUCUUCCCGUGUUCGCGAAGGGCAAACCGUGUCCGACAAAGUGGAUCUACUCGGACUUUCCCAAUGUGACAUCGGACGAUUGUUCGGCAGAUCCGUACGGAUGCUGUACAUUUAACAAGGGCGCCACCACGUUGAAAGUUGGACGCAAUUUUACGGUCGCCCCGAAUACAGUCUGCAAAUGUAACUGUCCUCCGUUUGUGGAGUGUAUGGAACCGUUGAAAUUGAUUGCUGAAUGAAGCAAAACGGAACAAGAUCACAAGCAUG